AUGAAUCCACUGCUGAUCGUUGCCUUUGUGGGAGCUGCUGUUGCUUUUCCCACGGACGAUGAUGACAAGAUCAUAGGGGUCCACACCUGUGCAGCGCAUUCCAUCCCCUACCAGGUGUCCCUGAACUCCGGUUACCACUUCUGCGGGGGCUCCCUCAACAGUGACCAGUGGGUGGUGUCCGCGGCUCACUGCUACAAGUCGCCUUUACUGUGCUUCGCCCGCAAUGGCCGCCUCCAGGUGAGGCUGGGAGAGCGCAACGUCGACGUCCUGGAGGGCCGUGAGCAGCUCGUCGACGCGGCCAAGAUCGUCUGCCACCCCAACUCCAGCAGCUGGACUCUGAACAGUGACAUCUUGCUGAUCAAACUCUCCUCGCCUGCGGUCAUCGAUGCCCGGGUGCCCACCUUAGCUCUGCCCAGCGCCUGUGCGCCCGCUGGCACCCAGUGCCUCAUCUCCGGCUGGGGCAACACCCUGAGCUCUGGAGUCAACUACCCCGAGCUGCUGCAGUGCCUGGACACCCCACUGCUGAGUCAGGCCGAGUGUGAAGCCUCGUACCCUGGACAGAUCACUGACAACGUGGUCUGCGCCGGCUUCCUCGAGGGAGGCAGUGAUUCGUGCCAGGGUGACUCUGGCGGCCCUGUGGCCUGCAACGGAGAGCUCCAGGGCAUUGUUUCCUGGGGCUCUGGCUGUGCCCAGAAGGGCAAGCCUGGGGUCUACACCAAGGUCUGCGACUAUGUGGACUGGAUUCAGCAGACCAUCGCUGCCAACAGCUAA